AUGAGCCUCUCCAGAAGCUUACAAAUGAUGGCCAGACCCGUGGUCUUGGCCAGACAAGGCUCGUCGUUGUUGCAGAUUCGUAGGUUUUACUGGAAGUAGAAAAUUUGUGAAAUUUUUGUCAUGGAUAAUAUAAAAAAUUUCUAAAAUUUGAGAUUUUUGUCAAGAAAAAUGUGAAAUAACUAACUGUUUUGUAUUUUCAGCCCAAUACCAAUUUGAACAGACCGCCUCGACAUCGGUCCUCAGCUCGAAGCCCCGCCAAAUCCAGCCCAAAGCAAACAUCCGCUCCAAGCCAUCGCAAGCCAUCGAAGAGACCCGAAAACAGUUCAAAACCGACAAGAAAGCGGGGCUUGUCAUCUUCGACAAAGACGGCACCCUGAUCUGCUUCCAUUCCAUGUGGGUCCCAUGGACGAAACAGACGUAUCAACGGCUGAAUGAGGCCACGAAACUGGACCUCUCCAACAAGUUCUACAAACUGUUGGGCUUCUGCCCCAUCGAACAGAAAGUCAAAACGGGCCUUCUCGCCGAAGGCACGAUGGCGCAGAUUCGCCAGAAAACGGUGGAACUCCUCGUGGAUCAUGAUGUGAGUCGAGAGCUGGCCGAAGAAAUUGUUCACACCAACGUCAGGGACUGCAACACCGCCUCAACCGAGACUCUCAAAGAGAUUCACGACCUGCAGACCCUGUUCCAGGAGUUGAAGUCCCACAAUGUGAAGAUUGCCAUCUGCACGGCCGACAGCAGACAGGGAACCAUCAUGGCGCUGAAAUCUUUUGGUCUAGAACAGUAUGUUGAUCUGGUUGUGUGCGGAGAUGACACUGGCUCUCAGCCAAAACCACAUCCUCACAACGCCUUGAAUAUUUGCAAAAUCUUGGGAGUUGAUCCAAAGGUAAUUUUGGGAAUGGGUUAUAUUGUAGUAGGUGGGGUGAAGAAAAAUGAUUUUUUUCUGUGAAAAUGGAAAAGGCUGAGCAUGUUUUUGGUUUGAAUAGAAAGAGGGAAGAUUUGUGGUUGUUUUGAGGUCAAAAGUUUGAAGAAAUAACCUUUAGAAAGUCCUUGAAAAGCACUUAUAUUAUACUAGGUCAGAUAGGUAAAAAUAAUGAUUUUUUUGUUUAAAAAAACGGUUUCAAAUGACCGUAAUAUCCACACCCACGGAAAUUUAAUGUCAUUGCGGUGGUUUCAAAACCACAAAUGUCAAAGACAAGCGAUCAGCUGUCUGGGAACCCCCGCUUUCUUUGAAUCGACCCCCUAUCCACGUGACAGGGCGAAAGCGAGGGGUUUUCCGAAUAUUUCGCUGACAGAGAAAGCAUUUCUAUGAUGCAGACCUAAUGGAGAAACGGUUUGGAAGAAAAGGAAACCAUAAAAAAGGUUUUGAAAUAGGGAAAUGAUCAAUAAUCAACAUGGAUAAUAUCCGAAAUCUAAAAUAAUUUUAUAUGAUUAAUUUGACGCAAUUUUAGGACGCUUUGAUGGUCGGUGACACCUUGGCGGACAUGGGAAUGGGCCGUUCGGCCCAACUUGGCGGCACUGUUGGCGUAUUGUCGGGCGUUGGCGACCGACAUGAACUUGAUCCUCAUGCCGACCAUCUCUUAAAACACGUCGGAGAACUCAUGCCAGUCGUUCUGGGCAAAUUUAAUGGCCCAAACAAGCCAGGAAGCGCCUCGGCGUGA